GACUUUUCGAGAAGACCCGCAUAGAGCACGUUGUUCUCGGCCUCUCCCUGAGCUGGGGCAGCCAUGGCGGCGGUGAAGACCCUAAAUCCCAAAGCCGAGGUGGCCCGGGCGCAGGCAGCGCUGGCGGUGAACAUCAGCGCGGCACGGGGCCUGCAGGAUGUUCUGAGGACCAACUUGGGGCCUAAGGGCACCAUGAAGAUGCUUGUUUCUGGUGCUGGAGACAUCAAGCUUACUAAAGAUGGCAAUGUGCUGCUUCACGAAAUGCAAAUUCAACACCCAACAGCCUCUCUAAUAGCAAAAGUCGCUACAGCCCAGGAUGACAUCACUGGCGACGGCACCACGUCCAAUGUCCUUAUCAUCGGGGAGCUGCUGAAGCAGGCCGACCUCUACAUUUCUGAGGGUCUUCACCCCAGGAUAAUAACUGAAGGUUUUGAAGCUGCGAAGGAAAAGGCACUCCAGUUUUUGGAACAAGUCAAAGUAAGCAGAGAGAUGGACAGAGAAACCCUGAUCGAUGUGGCCAGAACAUCUCUGCGAACUAAAGUUCAUGCUGAGCUUGCAGAUGUCUUAACCGAGGCUGUAGUGGACUCCAUUUUGGCCAUUAAGAAAAAAGAUGAACCCAUUGACCUCUUCAUGGUUGAGAUCAUGGAGAUGAAACAUAAAUCUGAAACUGAUACAAGCUUAAUCAGAGGGCUUGUUUUGGAUCAUGGAGCACGGCAUCCUGAUAUGAAGAAAAGGGUAGAAAAUGCCUACAUCCUCACAUGCAACGUGUCCUUAGAAUAUGAGAAAACAGAAGUGAAUUCUGGGUUUUUCUACAAGAGUGCGGAAGAGAGAGAAAAACUAGUGAAGGCUGAAAGAAAAUUCAUUGAAGACAGAGUUAAAAAGAUAGUAGAGCUGAAAAAGAAAGUCUGUGGUGAUUCCGAUAAAGGAUUUGUCGUUAUUAAUCAAAAGGGGAUUGACCCCUUUUCCUUAGACGCCCUUGCAAAAGAAGGCAUCGUGGCUCUGCGCAGGGCCAAGAGGAGAAACAUGGAGAGGCUGACACUUGCUUGUGGUGGGGUAGCUCUGAAUUCCUUUGACGACCUGAAUCCUGACUGUUUGGGCUAUGCAGGUCUGGUCUAUGAGUAUACGCUGGGUGAAGAGAAGUUCACCUUCAUUGAGAAAUGUAACAAUCCCCGUUCUGUCACGUUACUGAUUAAAGGACCAAAUAAGCACACACUGACUCAAAUCAAGGAUGCAAUAAGAGAUGGCCUGAGGGCUGUCAAAAAUGCCAUCGAUGAUGGCUGUGUUGUCCCGGGCGCUGGGGCAGUAGAAGUGGCGAUGGCAGAGGCUCUGAUUAAAUACAAGCCCAGCGUGAAGGGCAGGGCGCAGCUUGGAGUACAGGCAUUUGCAGACGCCUUGCUCAUUAUCCCCAAGGUUCUUGCUCAGAACUCUGGUUUUGACCUUCAGGAAACACUAGUUAAAGUUCAAGCUGAGCAUUCAGAAUCAGGUCAACUUGUAGGUGUGGACUUGAACACAGGUGAGCCAAUGGUGGCAGCAGAGAUGGGAGUGUGGGAUAACUACUGUGUGAAGAAGCAGCUGCUGCACUCCUGUACUGUGAUUGCCACCAACAUUCUCCUGGUUGAUGAGAUCAUGAGAGCUGGAAUGUCUUCUCUGAAAGGUUGAAGAAGUCUACCUUGUAACUGAAUCUGUAAUACUACAGAAUGAUGUGGAGGAAAUGGUCAGUUUUGUCCAAGAUUCUAGCGAUUUGGAAAAGAAUUUUCCCGUUUGAAGAAAAUGAACAGGACAUUUGGCACCUAUUCAAGUUACAAUACUGUAAAAAAAAUUUUUUUUUUGCAUUGAGUGUAUGCAUACGCUCAUAAAGUGGACCCUUUUUAACAAGAUGUUUUUGAGACAAUGACACAAAAUUACAUAUUAAGAUAAGCGUGUUGUCUACCUUGUUCUUAAAUGUUCUUUGAAAAAUUGUAAUGGUUUUCUCCUAAACAAGGCAUGGUGGUGCAUGCCUGUAAGCCUAGCACACUUCGGAGGAAGUUCUGCUCCAACUCAGGCUACAGGAGACCCCCCAGCUCAGAAGAAUCAUUUUCUUUUCCUUAUUGGAUGUAUUUUAAAUUAGCCAACUAACCCCGUUAAACGUGUAAGAUUCUUGCCAGUGUGAAACACAUCUGGGUAAUUUUAUGGUUUUCAUGGUGUCUAAUAAAUAC